AUGACGUGGGGGCGAGAGCUGCGCCCCCUGUCCAGUCCCACCACCUGUGGGUGCUGGGGCAGCUGCCUCCCCAAAAUCUCCUUCUUCUGCUUCGACGCCCGAAUCCUGGAGAAGCAAAGAGCAGAGGAGCAUUUCCGCCAGCUUCAGAGAGAGAGGAGAGAGAUGGGGAGAGAGCUGGAAGAGAUAAAGAAGGACAUAAGGAGGUUAAACAAGGAGGAGUGGAAGCUGGAGGAGAAGAGGAGGAGGCAGCGGGAGAAGGAGAAACAGGAAGAGAGAAGAGAAAAGGCUCAGUGGAAGAAGUGGAUGGAGCGCAUGAGGGUCAGCCAGGAAGAGAGGCGGGAGCUGAAGACGCUGAGCGAGCUGAGAGCUUUGGAGAGAAAGAGCGGGAGAUCGGAGAGGGAGCAUCACAGAUCUACUAGAAAGAUGGACGCUCUGCAGCAACCCUGGACAGGAGCUGUACAGAAAGGCCUGCGUACCUCCCAUUCCUACAUGGAGACGCAGGGAAACCUGCAGGAGAAGGUGAUUGAGCUCCAGAUCAGGGAUGUUCGGCUGAUGCUGGAAACUGGAGAUGUUCAGAAGGACAGAGACAUCAGAAGCUUGGAAGAGUUGGUGAGACAGAACGCUGCUGAGAUUCUGCAGUGCAAAGAGCGAGAGGAGGAGCUGGAACAGGAGGUAAAGAACAUGAGGAGGAAAGUAUUCAGGAGAGCUCAGAGAGAAGGGAAAAAAACAGACGUGGAGAGAGAAAGCUUGCUCCUCCUUCAGAGAAUCCAGAAAGAGAAACAGAUGGAAGAUCUGAGAUGGAGAGAGAGGGAGGAGGCACUGGAGAGAGAGCUGGAGGAGUUGAAGCAGAAAAUGGCCUCCAUUGAGAAGAGCAGAGAGCAGGAAUGGCUUCCAGAGUUUGGAGUGCAGCGAGAGAUAGAGAGAGAGACAGAAAUGGAACUGGAGAAAGAGCUGGAUGAGAUGAAGGAGAGACUGUCAAAGGAAGAACAGCAGAGAGAGGAAGAUAGACGGAGAGAGAUGGAAUGACUGAGGGAGAAAGAGAGAGAGAUGGAC